CAGCCUUCACUAUUUCUCUUGGUUUCAUUGCAAAUGGCUGUGCUAAAGUUUUUCCUUUUUUGUUUGGUAUCAAUCUUCAAUCAAAAGACCUCUGUUUCUGCUUCCCAGAGUGAUCAGGUUUUGUGGGCUUUUCCAAAAUCUGACAGAGAAGCGGACGUUCUACGGAAUCUGACCAAUGCUUUUGAGAUUGUGCUUUGGCAACCUGUUUCCCCUGAGAACAUUGUAAGGAAUAAGGAGGUACAUUUUUAUGUCAAUGUUUCUGAUGCAGAUAACGUGAAAGCGGAGCUUAACCGAUCUGCCAUUUUAUUCAGAGUUUCUCUGGAUGAUGUUCAGAAAAUUAUUGACCUACAAACCAUCAAUGACACUGUUACCCCCCGCAGUUCUAUUUCAUUCUAUGAGCAAUAUCAUUCUCCAAAAGUGAUCUAUACAUGGAUGGAUGAAAUAGCCACAAGACAUCCUGAUAUCAUCCAAAAGAUACACAUUGGAUAUUCUUUUGAUAAACGUCCGCUUUAUGUUUUGAAGUUUUCACAUAGAAGCAGAACUCCCAAAAAUGCCAUCUGGAUUGAUUGUGGAAUCCAUGCAAGGGAAUGGGUUUCACCAGCUUGUUGUCUCUGGUUUACAGGACACGUUACACAAUUUCUAGACAGGGAUGUAACAAUGGCAAGACUUCUACAGCGCCUUGAUUUCUAUGUCAUGCCGAUAAUGAAUGUGGAUGGUUAUGAGUAUACAUGGACUACUAAUCGAAUGUGGAGAAAAAGCCGCUCAAAGCAUGGCAACAACCACUGCAUUGGGACAGAUAUGAAUCGCAAUUUUGAUGCAGGCUGGUGUGGUAAGAUGAUGUUUGUUUGUACAUACACAUAGACACUAUGAAUAUUUAUUGCAUCAAGUAUAAACUGAUCUACAUAUACUUGGGGAGAACAAGUUUCAUACUUUACUUGAUAUAUAAAAUGCUCUCCAAACCUAUCCUAUGUUAAACACCACCAAAAUCAAUUUUAUUUUCCAAUACGUAGGUAUAGAAUUGCUCAGAAGAUUCCCCAAGAUUGUGUUGGACUACAUAUACUAUCAUCAGUCCAUGCUAGUCAGGGUGUACAUUUGUUCUGGUGUACAUUUGACUGGAGAAGGCUGAACUAGAGCUUAAUAGCUUGGAAAAAUGUACAAGAAUACAAAAUGUGGUUCCAUAUAUAACAUCAGAAAAGCAUCCAGUUUCACCCAGGAAUGAAGGUUUUCUGAUGGUUUCAGUUAGUUAGCUGGAGGAGGCAGAUGGUACCCUGUUCUCAUCCUCAAAUGAAAUCGUCUUUUUUCUUAAGAGAAGGGUCCUUGGUGAUCUCUGAGCUUGCUUGUUUUCUUGAAGAUGUUUCAUUAACCAAACUAGGUAACAUCAUGAGUGCUAGUAAGGAGAGCGGUUUGCUGUCAGUUUAUAUUCUGGUGACUUGCUUGUCUUUUUCUUUAAGUGAAGCUAAGCAGCAAAAUGCCACACACAAAACAGCCAUAGUAUACAAAAAGAAGGCAACUACUUCCCUGUGCCUUUA